UUUGAGCGACGCGCCAGAUCACAUCGACCAAUAACUGCCGCAAUUCCAGAUCACAGGCGCGAGAAAUCCCGGCGAUCUGAAAUCUGCCUCGACGACUGCAAUUUGCAAAUAUUAAAAGCAGCUGAGCUGAAAAUAUUAGUAUUGCAGUUCGCUUAGACGAGCGGGAAUGUUGGACCACAGUGUUAAUAAUACGUUAUGACUCUGAGAACGUUGUUUAUAAUUUUAUAUUAUUGAUAGCUAUUAAUAAAUAUUUUAAUAUUUAUUUCAUGUUCAAAGCUAACCUCAACAGUAAUGGGCAAUUAUGCGGGUGAUAUUAUAAUAUGUUUGCUGGUUUUAUUUUCCGUAUGCUUUUUAUAUGGAACAACGCAUGUAAUCAAAUCGUUCAUAGGAAAUGGAGAGAAUAUUAUAAGUUCGCACACAUAUUACAGUUGGAUUAUAAGAUUUUGUUUGAAUUUUUCUGGAUACGCUACUGUUUUAUUGCCAGGAUACUUGAUAUAUAAAUACGUUCGAGUUAGUAAAUAUCUUCAAAGAAAAGGCAAAGGAUGUAUACCAAGAUUAAUACACUCUUGCUUUUUGGGAAGCGGAGAACAAGGAUUGUUAGAUUCGUCCCAUUAUUCUCCGACGCCCGCGACUAGUCAUCCGCCAAGCACGUUUUUCCAAGAUGCUUUAUUAUUAACGCAUUGCUUUUUUGGACUGCAAGUUAGUUAUUUAACAUGGGGUUACUUACAAGAGAAAAUUAUGACUCAGGAAUACGACGACGGACAAGGUAACAGGAGUAAUUUCAAGGAUUCACAAUUCAUAGUUUUUAUAAACAGAGUCCUGGCUGUUGUCAUAUCCGCAGUCUGUUUGCUUAUUAUUAGACAGCCGCCGCACACAAUACCAUUAUACAAAUAUACAUUCUGUUCGCUUUCUAAUGUUUUAAGUAGUUGGUGUCAAUACGAAGCACUUAAAUACGUCAGUUUCCCAACUCAGGUACUGGCAAAGGCAUCAAAAAUUAUUCCAGUAAUGAUCAUGGGUAAAAUAAUAUCGCGUACAAAGUAUGAGUAUUACGAAUACGUCACGGCAGUAUUAAUAUCUAUUGGAAUGAUGAUGUUUAUGCUUGGUAGUACAGAUCACGAGAAUGAUGGUGCUACUACAUUCUCUGGUGUGAUACUUUUAGGUGCAUAUAUGAUGUUAGAUAGUUUUACAAGUAAUUGGCAAAACGCAUUAUUUAACGAGUACGGUGUUACUAGCAUUCAAAUGAUGUGCGCUGUUAAUUUAUUUUCGUGCCUAUUAACGGCAACUUCUCUUUUUCAACAAUCGAGUAUCAUGUAUUCUUUAACUUUCAUGGCAACGUAUCCUAAUUUUAUACUGGAUUGUCUUUUAAUCUCUAUAUUCUCCACUACUGGUCAGCUGUACAUAUUUUAUACAAUUUCGAAUUUUGGAGCCGUUACUUUCAUAAUAAUUAUGACAGUACGUCAGGUAACGUAUUUAUCAAUAUCAACAUUAUUUAUAGUAUUACGCCCAAAUAGCGAUAAUCGUAACUGUUUAUUAAAGUAACUAACUACUUGUAUUUCUAUGUUUUUCUAGGGUUUUGCAAUACUUCUAUCGUGCCUAUUAUAUCAUCAUUAUAUUACACCGCUCGGUAUAUUUGGAGUAUUUCUAGUAUUUAUAGCAAUAUUUUUACGUAUUUACUGCAAUAAUAGACUACGUUCUAUUAAAAAACGACGAGCUGAGGCUAUUAGUAUAAAAAAUAAGUUUUAACUAAACACAUUUUAAAAACUUUAUUUAUUUGCU